AGUGCAGCAGGCGGGGCGGCGCCUGACUAUAAAAUCACUGUCGCACUUUUUCCCAACUUCUGAACAUUCCCACCUCACCUACUGACCACAUCGCACGUCUAGACACACCCUAGGAACCAUGCCUUCAGAACUGGAAUGUGCCAUGCAGUCACUCAUCACAGUGUUCUACCGUUAUGCCGGGAAGGACAAGGACAAGGACACGAGCACACUCAGCCGGCGAGAGCUCAGAGAGUUGAUGGAGAAUGAGCUGUCUACAUUCCUUAAGUCUCAGAAGGAUCCUGCAGCUGUAGACAAGAUAAUGAAGGACCUGGAUGCCAACGGAGAUGGUCGAGUGGACUUUGAGGAGUUUGUUUCUCUGAUUGUGGGACUUUCCAUUGCCUGUGAGCAGUGCUAUAAGAUGCACAUGAAGAAGAUGGGAAAGAACUGAAAGACCACAGCAGAAGAGAGCAUGGAAAAAAAAAAACCACAAAGAAUUUAAAUUUUGUAAAGAUUCUUUUGUCCAUUAAAUGCCCUGAAUUUCAAAUCUGUUGUCUGUAGUGGUUACUGUGUGUUUACAUGGUGUGUGUAUAUAUAGGCCCUUAUGUUUCCCUGAAAGAUAUCAUACAUUAUCAUUGAUCUAAAUGUGCCUCUUUGAGUGUUUUACUGGUAUUAAUAAACAUCUUAAACUGGA